AUGUCAAAAAAAGGCCUAUCAUUAGCUGAGAAACGGGCGCGUUUAGAAGAAUUAUUCCAUGAAAGUAAAGAAUUUUUUCAACUUAAAGAGAUAGAAAAGAAGGGUUAUCAGGAAAAAAAAAUUGUACUUCAAUCUAUUAAAGAUAUUUUACAAUCGCUUGUUGAUGAUGGCAUUGUUAAAAUGGAUAAAAUUGGAACAAGUAAUUACUUUUGGAGCUUUCCAAGUGAAGCAAGACAAUCAAGACAGCUUCGAAUUACAACAAUGGAAAAGCAACUUGAAACACUUCAAGCAGAAACACAAACUUUACAAGACAAGAUAAAUGAAGAAACAAGUCAACGAAAAGAUUCACAAUUACGUACUUCUUUACUUAAAAAUGUAGCGGAAAAGGAAAAAAAACAUACAGAGAUCCUUGCAAAGUUGGAACGUUAUCGAGACUCUGAUCCAGCAAUUAUUGAAGCAAAAGGCAUAUAUAUUAUUAUACAAAAUAUAGAUAUUAUACAAGACUGA